CGCCGCCGCCUCUGCCGCCUCUGCCGCCGUCCCUCCUCCGCCGCCUCCUCAGUGUCCGCCCGAGCCGGCCCAGGAGGGGAGAGAGGCCUGCGCGCAGCCCCCACCAUGAACAAGUUGAAGUCAUCACAGAAAGAUAAAGUUCGACAGUUUAUGAUCUUCACACAGUCCAGUGAAAAGACUGCAGUGAGUUGUCUGUCCCAGAAUGACUGGAAGCUAGAUGUUGCAACAGAUAAUUUUUUUCAAAAUCCAGAGCUAUAUAUACGAGAAAAUGUUAAAAGCUCACUGGACAGAAAGAAAUUAGAACAGCUGUAUAAUAGAUACAAAGAUCCUCAAGAUGAGAAUAAAAUUGGCAUAGAUGGUAUACAACAGUUUUGUGAUGAUCUUGCGCUUGACCCUGCCAGUAUUAGUGUAUUGAUUAUUGCCUGGAAGUUCAGAGCAGCGACGCAGUGCGAAUUCUUAAAGAUGGAGUUCAUGGAUGGGAUGACAGAAUUAGGAUGUGACAGCAUAGAAAAACUAAAGGCCCAGAUUCCUAAAAUGGAACAAGAAUUGAAAGAGCCAGGAAGAUUUAAGGAUUUUUACCAGUUUACUUUCAACUUUGCAAAGAAUCCAGGACAAAAAGGUUUAGACUUAGAAAUGGCCAUCGCAUACUGGAAUUUAGUACUUCAUGGAAGAUUUAAAUUCCUAGACUUGUGGAACAAAUUUUUAUUGGAACAUCAUAAAAGAUCUAUACCGAAGGACACUUGGAACCUUCUUCUAGACUUCAGUGCGAUGAUAGCGGAUGAUAUGUCAAAUUAUGAUGAGGAAGGGGCAUGGCCGGUUCUUAUUGACGACUUUGUGGAAUUUGCACGCCCUCAAAUUGCUGGAAUAAAAAGUACGACAGUGUAGUGCUAAGUGAACCUUCUAGAAUGUACAUAGUCUGUACAAAUAAACGUAAUGGGGAAACAUUGCACAGUCAAUUUCUGCCGACUGACUGGACAGGACCGAAGACCAAUCCUCAAGAAAUAAAGGCUGAGGGUUGAAGCAAACCUUUAAGGAUAUACCUUGGACCAUAUCAGACUUUGGGUAGUUUGGGCUUCUCUCCUAGCCUGGGCUGCCCUUGCCCAUUUGAAAACUCCAGCAUUGUGGAUAUCAUCCUCCUCCUUUUUUAAUGGAAUACCCUAAUCCUUUCCAUAAAUCUUAAAUGUUUUUGGAUGGUUAUUUUGAAAAUGCUGGUUCCACCAAAGCACAUGCUGUCUUCACCAAGCAAACUCUUUGGCAUAAGAAUUUCACAGAUCAGCAUCGCGACCCAUUUGUUUUAUUUUAUAAAAAAGAGAAAAAAGCUCUUCAGAUACUCUACUCUUUGGGCUAGCUGCAAAGACUAUGCUGAGAAAAACCUAAAGCAGUGAUAUGUUUGAAGUGUGUUGGAUCGAGUUUCUUACAGUCUUUUUACAGCUACUGUCAAUGUGAGUGGUGAGGGUUUUUGUUUUUUUUUGCCUUGUUUGACGCAAAUGUUGAAAUGCCCCAACAAAAUCUUGAAUCUCUCCCUCAGUAUCAGGCAAUCCAGCAAACCAGGACACUUUUGAAACACAGCACAGAUUCUGGGCACUUAACAGUGCCUACAUUUUAAUAAACUAGUCAGAAACACUGGGUGCCUCAUACUGAAUGCCGAAUCAUCCUUUAGGGCAGCGGGCAACAUGAAGCUUGUUGAAUUUUGGCUGGUUUUCGCAGUCUUGUGGUGGUUACUUCCCCCACUGCUCUUUGUGGCCUCCCGUGUCUGCCAGCAUGCCUGCCACGGCUGCCCGUGUCCUUCCACAAUGCCGCACAUUUGCGCUGACAGCUGAAGCAUGGGGCUGUGGGACGUGUGUGUCCGAACCUGCCUGUUGCACAGUUUACUUGGAUCGUACUGUUCUAGUGCUGGGUUGGGCUACUUCAGGGAAUUGGGGCUUUCCUCCUUGUGGCCCAUCAGCCCUUGAGACUGGCUGGGAUCAUUCACCUCCCCGCUCUCUCUGUCCACUUCUCUCUUCAUACUGAUCCAUCUGGGAUGGACAAAGUUACGGUGAAGUAUCAUGGGCCAUGUCAUUUCUAGCUUCCCCUGGAAGUACGGUUUACAAAGGAGGUCCAGCAGGUUUCACCUUGAGCUGAGGGAACCUGUCACCCUCAGAUGUUGGUGGGCCACAACUCACAAUACGGGGAAUGGUCAUGGCUGAUGGCAGAGGGAGCCUAGUAACAUUUGGAGGGCCACUGCUUCCCUACCUGCACUCUAGCAGGUGGGUAACAAGUUGCUCCCAAGUGCAGAUAGAGUGACUGAAAACCAUUUUGUAGUAUUGAAAUGCUCAUCUCUUUGUUGAGGAACUCUCCCCCUGCCCCUUAUAUUCUACUGAAUUGUUAAGACUUGAAUACAGUGCUGAACAUGUAGUGUUCGUUACACAGUACAGAAUUCUCGAUUAGGGCCAAGGAAGGCUUUUGAUUGUCGUAUUGGAAUAACAAUGUGUGUGAUGCUAAUCUCUUCUAGACCUGAUGGCUUGAGCCAUGUGAGACCGACCUUUAUGAUCUUAGCGGUACUGCCAUGAUAGUCAACGACCCUCAUCUGUGACAGGUGUCUUUGCUCUUAUUACGUUGGCUGCAGUGACUGUGGUUGCCCAGCAGCGGUGUCAGCACCCUGAACAAGAGUUACGUGAUACUCCAGUGCAUUAGUGGAGAGUCAUGUGAAGGGGGGUAGGGAUGCUCCUCCUUUCACAUCCAUAUUGGUCACGGGGAUCCAUGCAUGGAGUCAUGGCCAACAUUGGAGCUCCUGUUCAAGUGAUGCUGCUGCAUGUGCUCCAGAGUUGCUGGGUCAGAGUUCAGAUGUCCGUCUUUGCCAAGCAAGUAGAGAUUAUAUCCAGCAUAAUCCAGCCAAAGGGCUUCAGCUGUUUUAAUGGCUGAAACUUCCGUACGUAUGUGAAGCUUCCAUUGUAUUCCAUAGAACUUAAUUGUAUGCUUAACUCUGGCUGGAUUGUUGCCCUGCCCAACACAGAUGCAUUGUUUCUCAGUCGUUUAACCAUGGUUAAAAAAAAAUGGGAGUACCCUGAAGGGUCCUGCAUGUGGCUGCUGCUUCUGCAGAUUCAUUCCCAGUCCCCUUUUCAGCAUAGCCACAUUUGGCACUGCAAGCUGGUUUGCAGACCGUGACUGAAGUGAUUUAGUGUCAGCCUUGGCAGAGAUUCCACACUGAAUAUGGUUAAUGUUGAAAUGGGAAGGCUAGGAAUGUGCAUAUGUGAAAGGUAUGGAGAGACCUAGGGAAGUACCAGUCUUUCAGCCAUGAUUAAAACACGGAAAUAUUCAUCAGCCCUGGGCUCUAGCAUACCUAACUUGACACUACAUUUGUGUCUUAAUGCACAGAAUGUGACUGUUCUCUUCAAACUGUGGUUCUGUUCCUUGUGUUUUUACGUAUCAGCAACACUUGAAAUGACUUCUGGCUAUAAUGUCAUCUAACACCAUGAAUGAUACUUUGCUGUUUAUUGAAAUAAUCACUUAACAGAAAACAUUAGGAAAUAUCCUGUUCAAGAUGUUUUAAAAAUCCUUUCUAAUUUUUAAAAAUGAGAAGUUCAGGCCUUGAAUAUUACCUGGUGUUUCAUGACUGGCUUCUCAUUUAUCAUGGGUCAUUUAUCCAUGAAAUUUUGAAGCGCACUUUUAUGCACAUGCUAAAAUAAUUUUAGGGGGGAAAUGAGUAUUAAAUUGCUUAACUUUUUUAAAACUUGUCAGAAAGGUGCCUCCCUUCUUCCUAACUGUGUCUUUUUGGAAAAACAUAGUCUUGUCUUAAUUUAAGUAAAACCAUUAGGUAAAAUUGGGAAUCUCUUCAGCUGCUGGAAUUGGCAAAGUCAAAUAUACUGAUUUAUUGCAUUCAUUGUUUCUUUAUUUCCCCCCUCUAUUCCAUGUAAAUAACAGUGGAGACUUGAAUUAUGAAAGAUCUACAGGGGGGGUGUGUUUUCUUUCUUAAGAAAAGUUGGAUACAGCUUUCUCAGAAUGAGUCAUUGAUGUAUGCUGUGUAUUGCUUUUCUUUUUGAAAUUCUACUGUUCUUGUUUCUUUAAAAAAAACUCAAUGAGAUGUACUUUAUCUUAUCCCUGUGCAGAAGGUUGGGGCAUAAAUGCUGUGCUGUUCUUUUUUUUUUAAGAUUAUUCCUUUUGCAACAUUGAGGCCUUUUCAACAAAAUGGAUUUUGCCAUCAGUUUGGUACUACACAAUUUAUAAUUACUGUGUAAUUAUAAAACUGCAUUACAUAAAGCAUUGCUGUCUUCAGUAGUAGAGCAACUAGGUUAUUUGUGUGACUUUGAAUUUUACGAGAAGGGUUCUGUCCACCAAGUACAGGAUUUUGGUCACCCCCUUUCUUUUCAGUGGGAUGUAUGAUCUCAAAGCAGUGCUUGGUCGGAUUGUAUCCAGUGAUGGAAAUAUCUGGCUUAAUGAUGGUUUGCUUCUGAAUGUAAAUCCUGCCUCCAGGAAAGACUGAAAAAUGUUCAUAGAUAUGCCCAUAUGUAUGUGUGUGGGGUUUUUUUAAUUUAAAGGUUGUGAACUGAAUAUCUACUUGGGUUGAUUUGAUUAAUAAAAGCAACCCAAACUUGGAUCUGGCAGUAAUCUCCCCCUUUUUGCCAAAUGUUAGAAAGAUGAGUGACUGUUCAAGGAAAAAAAAGAAGUAAAGCCCAAAUACCAGGGUUCUAUACCAAUACCAGUAUCUAGAAUGACAAAUAAUUCAGCUACAUAGAAAGCUUUGGAGAUGAAGGUUGUAUUCCAGUUACACAAUCAACAUCUUUCUAUAAGUCAACUUGAAAUUUGCUAGAAAAAGCCCUCCUACAAACCACAGGCAAUAAAGUGCCAGCCCAGCUGACAUGAAGAAAUCUCAUGAAUUAUUUAAUUAAAAAUAUGUAUUUUUACAAACGCAAUUCAUGGCAAGGAAACAGAGGAAAGAACAGAAUACUGCCAAACAUCCUGUUGACAUGACAUGAAACACCUCAGUUGUGCAUUGGUUGGGUCGUUAAUCCCUCCUGCUGCACAUUGGUUUAAAAUUCUUAAUUUCAUGUGGGGGAAGGAGAAUGUGGUACCUCCUGUGUUAAUGUGGUUGGUCCAAAGCUUUAGCAUAUGACUUGAACAACCUGUUAAAUAAAGUAACUUAUUUCUUCUAAA